CGGGGGGCGGGACAGGCGAUUACAGAGGACGCCUAACUCCUCUCUCUGCCUCGCCCGGACGUCAGGUAAAUGCGCCGCGGAGCGGAAGGGCCCCGCUGGAGGACGGACGCACACGCACAGCACUGGUCCCUCCCGGCGCGAUGUUUGUACCCUGCGGCAGUUCCGCUCCUCCGGACUUUGAAGGCUUCACGCUCCUGCUGCCAGCUGUAUCAGUUGGGAAUGUUGGCCAGCUGGCGGUAGAUCUAGUUAUUUUUACCCUCGACAUGCCUAAAGUUGGUUACUUCUAUACUGAUUGCCUGGUGCCAAUGGUUGGGAAUAAUCCAUAUGCAACAGCAGAAGAAAACUCAACGGAGUUGAGUAUAAAUGCUGAAGUGUAUUCUUUACCUUCUAAGAAGCUCGUCGUUCUCCAGAUCAGAUCACCGUUUGUAAAUAACAAAUACAGGUCAUUUUGUCAAACACUGCUUUCUUGGGUGAAAAGCAGUAGAUGUGCCAAAGUCAUUCUUCUAUCAAGCAGCCAUGCUUAUCAGUGUGACGAUCAGCAGCUUCAUGGUACACCACUACGAUACUUAUUCUCACCUGCUAUUCAGAAAACAGCUGGAGAGCUAAUGCAGAGGCUAAACUGGAAAGAGAUGGAAAAAGUUGCUGCUUACCCAGGAGUAAAUGAUACAGAGAUGGUACUACGUAUUCCUGGAGGUGGCAUCACAACAUUAUUAUUCAGUGAGAGGCUCAUAUCAGAUGGAGCUCUAUCCUGGUCCCUAAUAUCAAGCUGCAUCCAUCCCAAGAAUGUGUAUUUGUUAACUCAGUAGUUAUACUCCCAGCAGGCCUUUCCUUAAUUAGCUAGAUCUGAUCCUCUUCCUUAUCUUAUUCUGUUCCUCUUGAGAUUUCCUUUCUAUGUCCUUCCUCUUACCUUCAGUAAAUUAUCCUCCACCUAUAUUUAUCUGGUUCCAGCAGCUAUUCCUUGAUUGAGCUGCCCACAUCUAAGUCCUACCUUAUUUCAUAGUGUGGGGGCACUAGCUUUGCAGUGUGCAUAUAACCGCUCCACUUUUCAGCGUUUGUAGUACAGGAAGAGACUCAGGGUCAAUGCCCAAGUAGUAGUACCAAAAUAGCAAACUAGCUGUGUAGCAGUACUCCCACAGCAUAGGAUCUGUGUCCCCCAAAAAGUUAAGACCAGUUUGUUGGCUUUCAGAAGGCAAACAAAAAACCUGGAUUUUUUAAAAUCAGUGGAGUGCUCCUUUUUAUGUCUAAGACUAAAAACUGAAAUUCAUCACUGGGGGUGGGGGGGAGUUUUGUGCCAAUUGAAAAUCUGACCAAUGUCUG